AUUCCUCCCUCUCGACUACAGACCACCUUCCCCGUGAGGUUUGUUUGUAAACAUUGAAGAUCCGAAGGAAAUCCCACACACGACCCUACCGCAGAACCUCAAUUAAAUCGUCUUAUAUUCACUGAUGUUCCUCUUUUAGGACAUAUCCGAGUACCUAUCACAAUGAAACGCAUGAAAAGAGGUUUUCUUGAUAGUCUCAGACUGUAUUUGAGAGGAGGAAGUGGGGGUAUGGGAUACCCUCGUUUUGGAGGUGUGGGAGGAAAUGGUGGAAAUAUUUAUGUAGAAGCGAAAGAAGACUGCAAUCUCCUAAAGACUCUCAAGGCUCGUCCAGAUAAGCGCUGGUGUUCAGAUAGUGGUGCAAAUAGCCGACAGUUCCGUAUUCUUGGUGAACAAGGAAAGGAUGUUUGCAUUCCUGUUCCAGUUGGUACAUCAGUCAGAUUAGAUGAUCAGAGAUUAAUAGGAGAACUGAAUCAGAUUGGGGAUAAGAUAUUAGUCGCCAGAGGUGGGGUCGGUGGUUCUCCAAAUAACCAAUAUAAUGGUCAAAAAGGACAGGCACACCAUAUCAUUCUGGAACUAAAGCUGAUUGCAGAUAUUGGUCUUGUGGGAUUUCCCAAUGCAGGAAAAUCAACUUUGUUAAAGGCCAUUUCAAAUGCCAAGCCUAAAAUUGCAAGUUAUCCAUUUACCACUUUGAAGCCAAAUUUAGGCAUGGCAGAAUUUAAAGAUGGACGUCAGAUUAGUAUUGCUGAUUUACCUGGCCUUGUGGAAGGAUCAUGGGCAAAUGUGGGUAUGGGCCACAAAUUUUUGAAGCAUGUGGAGCGGACAAAGAUGCUACUCUUUAUGGUCGAUAUUAAUGGUUUCAGACUAGGACCAAAGUACCCCUAUAGGUCAGCAACUGAAAAUGUUGUUUUACUCAAUAAGGAAUUAGAGCUCUAUUCGCCUGAUUUAGUUGAGAAACCGUCAUUAUUAGUGGUUAACAAAAUGGAUUCUCCCUUUGCUGAAGACAAGCUGAAGAGAUUACUCGAUGAACUUCAGCACAUUAGAGAUGUGUGUGCAAGAUUUCCAGAAGAAAUGUGUCCUGAUCAGUUUGUUGUAUUUGAUGAGAUUAUACCAUGCUCAGCAAAGGAGAACAAGGAGUCAGUUGAUUAUGUAAAGCGGAGACUGCGAGAGCUAUUAGAUUUUUAUGAUGAUCAAGAGAGAGAAGUACAAGAGCUUGCGGCAAAGAGUAGAGCCAAAAGUAAACUCAUUGAGACAAAUCUGCAGUUAGUUUAGACUGAAUUUAUUCUGGCAGUGUAAAUAUUUUUAUUUGUAUUAUAUGUAUUAAAAAAAGUAACCUAUGUUUACUGGAAAUACUGAAAUCCAUAUGCGUAGGUAGUGUGUAUUUACAAAUCAAAAUGGUAAUUGUUGGAUAUAUGAAUUUUAUAUAAUAAAAGUGAAUUACAAGACUGCUUCAA